GCGACGUGGCGCUGGAGAGCUCCGCGCGGCGCCCACCACUGGCGGCCCCGCCGGUGCCCGCUGCACAGGACCCACCGCCGUGGUUUGCAUUUGACGACGAGGAGCAGAUGGAGGCUGUCGAGGAGAUAGUAGAAGCCGAAGAUGACAGCGUCGCGGCAGCGGCUCUGCCGUCCGACACGGUGGAGGACGUUGAAGUGGAGACGCACAGCGCUGUGGGGUCUGUUGUGCCGCUUUCAGCGGGGGAGAGUGAGCAGCCGGCGGAGGCGGAGAAACAGGUAGCAAGUGAGGAAGCGGAAAGGAUGGAACAACUGCCACUACUAUGUGAAGACGAAGAGACGGAACACCUACCGCUACACGAGGAAGACGAAGAGACGGAACACC